AUGUUCAGUGGCUCCUCGAGCCCACCUAAAGACAAAGUAGACGCACUCCCAGAAGCCGGGCUCGACACCAAUACCUUGGCCCUCCAAACCGAUUCAAAUUCAAUCGGCACCAGUCCCCGUGAGAAGACAUUCUCUCCGCCCAGCGCAGGAUUUUUCAACCGCCGACAAAGCGAAGAGCAGGGUACCGCUGCCGAUAAGAAGCGCAGGAGUAGUACCGUCACCAAGGCGGCCAACUUCUUCAGUAACGCCAAAAGCUCCCUGAGCUUGAACGGUCGGGACAGUUCGGCGAUCAGCACCAGUCCGUCGAUUGCGGAAAGCCCGCUACAGAAGCUUGGAAAGAUGGACCCAGCUCUCAUCGUCCCUCAAGGGUCGUUCAACAACUCCGCCGGAGAAUCCGCCCCGACGGCUCGAUCAUCCUUCCGCGUUGGCGUCACCGAAGACCGAAAUCGCAAAUGUCGCCGGACAAUGGAAGAUACGCAUGCCUAUCUCUACAACUUUCUGGGUACCCCUGCCCCGAUCGCACCGGAGAUCAAUGGUGUUAAUUCCCCCAAGGCCAGCGCGUCGCAGUCAUCAGAGGAUUCAUCUACCGUGAUAGAAACAGACAAUGGCUAUUUUGCAAUUUUCGAUGGGCAUGCUGGCACGUUUGCCGCAGAGUGGUGUGGAAAGAAGUUACAUUUGAUUCUCGAGGAAGUCAUGCGCAGAAGCCCGAGCACUCCCGUUCCGGAACUCCUCGAUCAGACUUUUACCAGUGUGGAUCAGCAGUUGGAGAAAUUGCCCGUCAAGAACUCUGGGUGUACAGCCGUCACUGCCGUGCUCCGGUGGGAAGAUCGUAUACCCAACUCACAGUCGGCCACCGGUUCUUCUGCCCUUGGCCCGGCAGCUGUCGCAGCGACGAAAGCGGACACAAAUUCAGAGAAUAUCGAAACCCCAACUCAAGCUACCUCGGGCACCUCUGCUGUCCUGCCGAAAUUGCAGGAUAAGGCUAUUCGGCAACGGGUUUUGUACACAGCCAACGUUGGUGAUGCACGCAUUGUAUUAUGUCGUAAUGGGAAAGCACUUCGUUUAUCCUACGACCAUAAGGGCAGUGAUGAGAAUGAAGGGAGGAGAGUUGCCAACGCUGGCGGAUUAAUCCUGAACAACCGCGUGAAUGGAGUUCUGGCCGUCACCCGUGCCUUGGGCGAUGCAUACCUGAAAGACCUUGUGACUGGGCAUCCCUACACAACAGAAACAGUAAUCCAGCCAGAUGCUGAUGAGUUUAUCAUCUUGGCCUGCGAUGGUCUGUGGGACGUCUGCACUGAUCAGGAAUCAGUCGAUCUCAUCCGGAAUGUUCAAGACGCUCAACAUGCGUCAAAAAUUCUUGUUGACCAUGCACUUGCACGGUUCAGCACCGAUAACCUGUCUUGUAUGGUGAUUCGCCUCGACUCCGACCGCGUGAAGGACGUUGUCAACCACAAUACGGAACUGAUCGGAGUGGACGGGGAUCCACUUACGAAGGUAGCCCGGGGUGUGAGCGAAGCCGAUAAAAUUGUCGAGAGAGCACAGAAGGGCAUCAUCUCUUCAGGUCUUGCAGAUGAUCCGGUAGCGGCAGAGAAGGCCAAUGAAGAGACUCUUCAGAGAAUGGCUAGCCAAAAUCACAAGCAAGAACCCGGACCUGAGAUGACAACUAAAGAGAGUAACGACCUUCCCUGUGUGGACAUCCUGAGUCCGAAUAGGAGCCCGGAAAACCCGUCAGGCUCGACUCAGUGA